AUGGAGAUCAAUCAGGGAGGCGUGCCAGCCGAUACCCAGGGCAUGAAUUUGGCCAGCAGAAAUGACAAUGGAAAUGCCGUCGAUUGCAAGUGGACACCACCGACCCCAUCGGACAGUCUGGGAGAUAAGCAGGGAGCAGAAACUGACUGCGAAGGAGCACCAAAAGAAGCCCAACCAGAGCGUGCAGCGUCCGAAGAGAAACUCACGGAACCAGCCGAAGAGUUGAAGCAGAACGAAGAAGCCCCGACAAACCAGCCAUUUGCGACCAACAAUGAAAUAGACAGCGACAACAAAGGAGAAGCCGUGGACGACUUCCCAGACCCGGAUGAUUUGUCCGAAGAGGAGGAGGAAGACGAGCCUACUAUUGACGAGAUAGCAGAGAUGGUGGACCUCGAUGAGUCUGAUCCAGACCAUCUGAACGAGGUGCUGGAGCGUAUCCUGUUCAAAGAUCCGGAGGACAUUACAGAUAUGGAGAACUACAUCCUUACCUUCUAUCUGGGCACCAAAGGGCCGAAUGGCAAUAGGCCAGGAGUGCCUCAUUUCUUGAAGCAUCUCGAGCUCAAGAGGGACGGUCUUCUGCCACACCCACAAACCAAGAAGACACCGACAAGAAGAAACCUUCUGUCACAUUCAGGUCCACCCCUACUCGCUCUCCACCUCUGA